UGGUCAUCAUGUCUCCACAUUCUUUUUUACCUGCCCUGGCGUACAUUUUAUAGUUCUCAGUGAUCUUGGUGAUGGCUGGCCCGCCCGCCCCUCUGCAGCUGUUGGGAGCACUGUUUACCAUUGCCUUGGGCUGCAUCCGGCUCAUUCAGGCUGGUGCCUACUAUGGCCUCAAGCCACUGCCACCUCAAAUUCCCCCUCAGAUGCCACCACAAAUUCCACAAUACCAGCCUCUGGGUCAGCAAGUACCUCACAGGCCUUUGGGCAAAGAUGGCCUUGCCAUGGGCAAGGAGCUGCCCCACAUGCAGUAUGGCAAAGAGUAUCCCCACCUUCCCCAGUACAUGAAGGAACUUCCGCCGGUGCCAAGAAUGGGCAAGGAAGUGGCACCCAAGAAAGGCAAAGGAGAAAUACCAUUAGCCAACUUACGUGGGGAGCAAGGUCCCCGUGGAGAGCCUGGCCCAAGAGGCCCCCCUGGUCCCCCUGGUUUACCAGGCCAUGGAAUACCUGGGAUCAAAGGAAAGCCAGGGCCACAGGGAUAUCCAGGAAUUGGAAAGCCAGGGAUGCCUGGAAUGCCAGGAAAGCCAGGAACCAUGGGAAUGCCUGGGGCUAAAGGCGACAUUGGACCAAAGGGGGAGAUUGGACCCAUGGGAAUCCCAGGACCACAAGGACCUCCGGGGCCCCACGGACUUCCUGGCAUCGGAAAGCCUGGAGGGCCAGGGUUGCCAGGGCCAUCCGGAGCAAAGGGCGAACGCGGACCCAAAGGGCCGUCAGGACCCCCAGGCCUUCAGGGUCCUAAAGGCGAGAAGGGUUUCGGGAUGCCAGGUCUGCCUGGGCUGAAAGGCCCUCCAGGGGCGCACGGCCCACCGGGCCCCGUCGGGCUGCCGGGAGUGGGCAAGCCAGGAGUGACGGGCUUCCCGGGGCCCCAGGGCCCGCUGGGAAAGCCAGGCCCUCCAGGAGAGUCUGGACCACAGGGUCCUGCUGGGAUCCCCGGGAUUCAAGGGCCUCCUGGAAUACCUGGAGUUGGGAAACCAGGCCAGGAUGGAAUCCCUGGCCAGCCCGGAUUUCCGGGUGGCAAAGGGGAGCAAGGGCUGCCAGGGCUGCCCGGCCCCCCAGGUCUUCCAGGGAUGGGGAAGCCAGGCUUCCCAGGAGUCAAAGGGGACCGUGGCAUAGGGGGCAUCCCUGGGGCCCUGGGACCAAGAGGGGAGAAAGGACCAGCCGGUCCCCCUGGGAUGGGAGGCCCCCCAGGAGAACCAGGCCUACCUGGAAUCCCGGGUCCUAUGGGCCCCCCAGGUGUAAUCGGUUUUCCUGGACCCAAAGGAGAAGGUGGGGUUGUGGGGCCACAGGGACCAUCAGGCCCCAAGGGUGAGCCAGGGCUUCAAGGCUUCCCAGGAAAGCCAGGUUUCCUUGGUGAAGUGGGGCCCCCAGGCAUGAGAGGUUUGCCAGGUCCCCUAGGACCCAAGGGGGAGGCAGGCCAUAAAGGCUUACCCGGGCUCCCUGGAGCACCAGGACUGCUGGGACCUAAGGGAGAACCAGGAAUCCCAGGGGAACAGGGUUUACAGGGGCCCCCAGGGAUCCCAGGGAUUACAGGCUCCAGUGGCCCCAUUGGACCACCUGGCAUUCCAGGCCCCAAAGGGGAACAGGGUCCCCCAGGGUCCCCGGGCUUCCCGGGAGUAGGAAAACCCGGAGUGGCAGGACUUCAUGGUCCCCCGGGGAAGCCUGGUGCCCUUGGACCUCAAGGCCAGCCUGGUCUUCCGGGACUCCCAGGCCCUCCAGGGCCCCCAGGGCCCCCAGCUGCGAUGCCCCCGACACCACCACCCCAUGGAGAGUAUCUGCCAGACAUGGGCCUGGGCAUUGAUGGCGUGAAAACACCCCAUGCCUACGGGACCAAGAAAGGAAAGAAGGGAGGGCCGGCCUACGAGAUGCCCGCCUUCACCGCGGAGCUGACCUCACCAUUCCCCCCGGUGGGGGCGCCAGUGAAGUUUGACAAGCUUCUCUACAACGGCAGGCAAAAUUACAACCCCCAGACGGGCGUCUUCACCUGCGAGAUCCCUGGCGUCUACUACUUUGCCUACCAUGUGCACUGCAAGGGGGGCAACGUGUGGGUGGCUCUCUUCAAGAACAACGAGCCCGUGAUGUACACGUACGACGAGUACAAAAAGGGCUUUCUGGACCAGGCGUCCGGGAGCGCGGUGCUGCUGCUGCAGCCCGGGGACCUCGUCUUCCUGCAGAUGCCCUCGGAGCAGGCGGCGGGGCUGUACGCCGGCCAGUACGUGCACUCUUCGUUCUCAGGAUAUUUACUAUAUCCCAUGUGAAGAGAGAAAAGAGAUAGCUUGAAGAGAAGGAAAAAAGAGGCCAUGGCACACUAAAAAAAAAAAAAUCCAAAUGAAAAAGACAACUGCUUCAAAAUGUUUAUAAAGUUGGAAGCAUUUACUUUAAGUGACAAUUUGGACCAUCGUGUACAAAUAAAAACGAAAAUGCAUGUUCA